UCGUAGAUGAACGAGUAGUGUAACAGAAUGGGUAUAGGUUUCUUAUAAACGUUAGUGAUUUCAUUUUAGUAUAUAGGAAUUUCUUAGGAUAAAUAAGAAGUGUUAAACGUUAUUAAAUGUCCAAUUAACAUAACCUAAUGGUGGGGACCCACUUAUUUGUGCAUUUACAGUUAUUCGUGUAACACGUAUUUUGUGCAUAGAGUUCAAGCAUUGAAUUAGGCCACAUAGCGAUCUCUCCCUAAAAUACCGCUGUUCUGGCUGUCGACGUAUCAAGACAGGCUAUCAAUUAUAUACGAGGCGGGAGAGUAAUGAUCAGAUAGAUCGCGACCUAAUGUGAUGUCAUCAAAAGGGGAAACGGAGGCCGAUUCUGGCACGGUGUCGCCGAAUUUGUCAGCUGUUAAAAAUGAACCGGCACCUACAGUCAGUAAGGAAACUCCUAAAAGGGGUAGCGGUACUCUGUUGAAGUGUACUACAUGUAACAGCUUUAGCACAUUAAGCAGUCGCGCUUUAACAACACACAUGGCACAGUGUUCACCCGAUAACAAUAAUGUUGCAGCCACACAAAAUGCAGAUGCAAGACCGCACAGGAAAUUAUUUGAGUGCGAUGUGUGCAAUAUGAAAUUUUCAAAUGGCGCGAAUAUGCGUCGACAUAAAAUGCGGCACACAGGGGUUAAACCCUAUGAGUGUCGUGUAUGUCAAAAAAGAUUUUUCAGAAAAGAUCACUUAGCGGAACACUUCACAACUCACACAAAAAGCUUGCCUUACCAUUGCCCUAUUUGUAACCGAGGAUUCCAGCGACAAAUUGCCAUGCGUGCACAUUUUCAAAAUGAACACGUUGGACAACAUGAUCUUGUUAAGACUUGCCCACUUUGUAGUUAUCGUGCGCCAACUAUGAAGAGCCUCAGGGUCCACUUCUUCAAUAGACACGGAAUAGACUUGGAUAAUCCAGGUCCUGGCAAUAACUCUGUAUCCCUUCUCGCUGCUGGCAUUGCCAAUGCUGCUUAUGCAGAUGGCACUAUGGAUCCAAGUGCAAUUUCUGCAUUGAGUGCAUUAGGCUCUGGUCUAUCUGUAUCAAUGGCCGCCGCUUAUUCAGACAGCGGCGACAGUAAUGGAGCUCGCUCAGUGGACAAUGCUACACCUCCCAUGCACUACUUAACUCCACACGUCGAAAUAUCUAUGGCUGAUAAUAACGAGACCUUCUCCCCGGGGCAGACAAAUAACCAAGAAACACGAAUGAAUGGCGAGGGUCCCAGCUCACCGCAGUCAGGCGACAGUGCCGUAGCCAGUAGUUCACUUUCUGCUGGCCUUCCCACCAAUAUUACACCUUCCAUAACGCUGAUACCCAUUAAACAGGAGGCCGCCGCGCAGGAGGAGGGCGGCGCGGGCGCGGGCGAGGCCGACAAGCGCGCGUCGCUCAUCAAGGUGUCUCCGCUGAAGAGCCUGCUGCGCGACGACCUGCGGCGCCGCAUGGGCGCGCGCGGCCGGCGCGGGGCGGCGCGCGCGGCGCCGGCCGACGGGCCGCCCGCCGCCGACCCGGCCGAGCUCGUGUGCGCCUUCUGCGCCAUCACCUUCCCCGACUCCACGCUCUACUUCCUGCACAAGGGCUGCCACUGCGACUCCAACCCCUGGAAGUGCAACAUCUGCGGCGAGCAGUGCUGCAACGUCUACGAGUUCAACUCCCACCUGCUCAGCAAGAGUCACCAAUGACUGUUCGCGGGGGGGACGCUCCGCCGCUGAGGCGUCCCGCGGCGGCGCCUCGGAGGCGCUCCACCUCGCGGCCGGACGUCGCCCGCUGCCCGUCCCCGUGGGGCGACGCUUUCGUUUCUAUUCUCGUGUUCGACUGCGGCACCUCGCGGGUGGAGGCGCUUCGGACCCGCCGCGUGCCGGCCGCCGCCCGUCCCCCCGGAGCCGAUUAACUUAAAAGUGCAAAUUAUUUUGAAGGUUAUUUAGUGGUAAUUAUAGGUAAUCGAGCGAGGAUAUUCGUAUGGAUAUUUUAGUCUUAGGAGUCGUGUCGAUCCUGGGUGAGUUCCCGAUUUAUGAUUAUAGUGUUUGUCGUCCAGAAAUUGACAUUCCAAAUUGUAUCUAUGCAUUCCAUUUUGUAUUGAGAUUGACUUUAAAAAAAAAAGAAAUGAAGUAGACGGGGAAUGAAGUGAUACUUAAAAAAAUAUUAUUGUCUUAUAAAGAUUUUAUUUAUUAUUUAAUUUUUCUGUACUUGAACGUACAUGGAUGUUAUUCAAAACGGUAUAGAAUAUUUUUUGGUGCGAUAGUGAAUUUUACAAAUUUUUAUUAAAACAUGUGAAGUGUGUACAAAUUAAUAUAUUUUUACAUUUCGCUCUUGAGAUGAAUGUGUAUAAGAGGCAUAGCCUUUUAAUUCCGAUUGUGAUCGACGAACAGGCCGGAAUUUUAAAUUCUACAUUCCGUUAUUAAUUUAUAUUAUCUACUUUAUGCAUGUAAUGCAAGUCCACGACUUAUACUUAAUGUACAAGUUUUGUUUUUUUUUUUUUGUUAUUAUUAUUUAUUUCCUAAAUUAUAAAGAUGUAGGGAUACAUCGUGAUUGUACUUAAAGCGGUCUAUUUUAGCAAUUAGGUUUAACCUAUAACGAAACGAACAGCCAUUAUAAGUAAAACGCACUUGCUCAAUGACUUGACAAAGGCUCAACGAAACCAUGAAAGCUGGAACAAAUGCGUCGUUUCUCGCACAAAAUAUAUCCUUUCAUCAUAAUCAUCAAAUUCGUGACCUGGAGAUCAUCCUGCGUGCUAUAAUGGUGUCUUAUAAUUAUUUAAUUUUCAAAAAAAAUCCUCAUUGAUUAUAUAUAUAUAAUCAGUGACGUAAAGAGAUUGUCUGGAGAUAACAAACGAACUUAAUAAAUUAUAUUUUUCUGUGUAGUAUUUAUUAUAUUUUCAUAUUGUAAGCUAGGCGAAACAUGCUCAAUGUUGGUGAACUAUAUUAACAUAUUUAUGAUAUGAAACGACUCCGAAUGGGUUACUGGUUACUAACGAAAGUAUUUUAUUGGACAUUUUUUUUUUUAAAUAUAUAACGAGAUGAAAUAUUUAAAUUUUGAUUGCAGUACUUAAUGUGUUAUUUUAAUUGGUUUAUUUACUUUAUGUAUAUAACAUAACCUGAGAUUUACAUUCCUGUAGCUAUUAAGUACUUAAUAUCGGUUGUGGUCUUGCCUGUUAAGUUUAAAAAAAAUCUUCUUAGGUGGAACUGAAAUUAUGUUUACCAACGAACUUAUGUAUAAUUAAUGUUUUGUUACGACAGCGCGGUGUUAGGGUCCGUCCAGCGUCGGGGGCCCAGAGAGUUACCUGAACGAGCAACACGUAUUUAUUUAUAGAUAUUCUUAUAUUAUAUUACAUUGUUGUUUUUAUUUUUUAUUAUUAUUUCGUUUAGACUUGGAUAAUUAUUUGGUCGCAACCGCUGCGCCGAGGGCUAGCGUUAAGUUUACGUUUACUUAAUGAGAACUAUUAAUAUUAUUAAUCGGUAACCCCCAUUGGGCGCCUUUAAUUAAUCCGUCCAUAUGUAACGAUAGAUAUUGCCUUUAAUAUUUAAUAGAGAUAAUAUAUUUAUAGAUUUUAGUAUAAACAGUUAAGGAGAGAUCAUAAUUAUAAAAAAAAAAAAUGUUUCAGAAUAACAGAGGUUUACGUAGUAGUUAAAUUUAUUGUCUCAUUGUAUGUUUAAAAAUCAUUGCUACAUUAAUAAGGGGUUAAGCAGAUGUCAAACGCGAAAUUAACUUCUGCCUUUUAUUAAUGAUCAUUGAUUUAUUGUUGCAAUUUAAUGUUCUAUUUUUGUGUGGUAUUAGAUGUUAUAUAUAUAUAUUUCGAUGACAAUUGUAAUUGUUUUAAAGCAAUUUAUGCAAGAGAACGUCAAUUGUGUAGUUAAAUGUUAGCAGUAUUUCAAGAUAUGAUCAACAAAGUCUUGACGUGAUAUUGAUUAUGAGAAUAUACAUAGAGUUCUAUACGAUGUAAUGAUGUUUAGGUUACAGUCGAGUGUACAAUUAAUGUAAUCGAUGUGGCAGUAGAUUGCGGCAACACUGGCACGCCAUUCGUACACGCAGUGUAUUCGAUUUUAAAUUAUUAUAACAAUAAUAUUAUUAUUAGUUUAAAAAAUUUUAUUAUUUUGAGUGCCAAUAGCAUAUCGAUGACACAUCUGUAAACUUUGAUUAUAAUAUUAUGAAUGUUACGUGAACUGCAUAUUGCCAGCUACGUUUGCACAUAAAACUUAAAAAAGUGCUAUAGUGUAGCAUCCUCACCUUAAUACCAAAACACAGCUUACCAACAUUUUAUUUCGUUUUAAGUUGUUACGUGUGUAAUGUAAUGUAAUGUAAUGUAAUGUAUAGUGUAAGUAUAUUGUUUUUUUUUUUUUUUUUUUCAAAACAAUAUUUUUGGAACGGUAGGCAAGUCGAGAUCAUAGUUAAUAUUGCUGUUAAAUUUAUUAUGUUAUCAUUAUUAUUAAUAAUAAUAACAUAUUUUUACUAAUAUUUAAUAAAAAGAAUGAACUAUUUAUGAUCUACCAGUUUUAAAAACUUGAGUGAUAGUAAAUAAUAUCAAUUUUUAGCAGAUUGUGCCUUAGAUCAGUAAUAAAAUGAAAAUAUAAAUAUCGUGUUUUCGAAAUCUAUUCAAACCCAUAGAGGUGUGUGCAUUUUUAACCGUUUGUCACAUUAAAUAUUAUAUAUUUACACAAAAGUAUUAUAAUAAAUAAAAUGAAAUGUUAUUUAUUUAUAUAUUUAGUGAAAUAUUUGCAAUACGGCUGUUUUGCUUGUUUUUUAUAAUGGAAAAGUUUAUUUGCAGUUGAAAUAUAUUAUCGUAUUGUUACGAUUGUCUAGAAAUAUAAUGAAUGGUACUUAUUACCGAGUAUGUAGUUCUAUUUAUUUACUUAUAAUAAUUUGGUAAAGGGUCUAAUGAAACAUUAAUAAAUAAACUAUGAGAUAAAUUAAGA